GUUAUUACGGCUUGUGAACCUCGGAUGAAUUGUUGUUGUUGUUGUUUAGGGCCGCGGCGAUCUAGUCGCUCACAUGAGCCCUGGUGUCGUCCUGUGAGGGCUUCACAGGCGCGUCAGCUGCCCCGUCUUCCUAAGGAAGGCGCAGGUGAGGCGGAUGACAGCUUCCUGCCGUGAGGGGUGGACUCCUGCCGCCGCCAGCAGCGUGGGCAGGUCAAAGCCCUGGCGUGGUGAGCUAUGAUGCUGCGUGCAGCAGUGAGGGAAGCCCUCAGGCAGCAGGGUGCCCUUCUAGCAGUACAUCAUCAGAGGCUCUCAAGGUGUGCUGCCUCCACUGUCUUUGCUCUUUCCUCAGGCCAAGGCAAGUGUGGUGUGGCUUUGGUGCGGGUGUCAGGAGAGCAGGCUGGUACAGCCCUCACCAGCAUGACCAUCCCCGCCACUCUCCCACAGCCACGCACAGCCGUGCUCAGACACAUUGUGCAUCCCAUCACAGGAGAGGCUUUAGACCGUGGGCUGGUGCUGUGGUUUCCAGAACCCCACAGCUUUACAGGGGAAAACAGCUGUGAGCUACACAUCCAUGGAGGUCCUGCUGUGAUUGCUGCUGUAAUUGCUGCUCUUGGCUCUUUGCCAGGCUUCAUACCAGCUCAGCCAGGUGACUUCACCAAGAGAGCUUUCUACCAUGGUAAGCUUGACCUGACCAGUGUGGAGGGGCUUGGUGACCUGAUUCAUGCAGAGACGGAGGCUCAGCGCAAACAGGCUUUGAGACAAAUGGAGGGAGCACUGGCCACCCUGUACACCGGGUGGAGGCAGUCCCUGCUCCAGUGUCGGGCCAAUUUAGAGGCUUAUAUAGAUUUCAGCGAGGACGAAAACAUAGAGGAAGGUUUAGUUGGGGAGGUGGAGGCCAAGCUUCAUCAACUGGUGAAAGACCUGGAUCAGCAUUUGGCGGACAACCGGCGAGGAGAGAGACUGAGGAGUGGCCUACAUUUGACCAUCUUGGGUGAGCCAAAUGUGGGCAAGAGCAGUCUUCUUAAUGCACUCACACAAAGACCAGCAGCAAUUGUGUCCCCUAUACCAGGAACAACCCGAGAUGUGGUAGAGACAGUCGUUGAUCUUGGAGGAUAUCCAGUGGUCCUGAGUGACACUGCAGGUCUACGUGUGACAGCAGAUCCGGUGGAGGCUGAGGGUGUUUCCCGGGCAUUGACAAGAGCAGAACAAGCUGAUUUGGCUGUAGUUAUACUAGAGGCACCAGAUGUGUUCUCAGCCUUGAAAAGUGAAAGGUUUAAGUGGAGUGAUUUUCUCUGGAGUCAUCUAAUUGACCUGGGCAUCAUAAAAGAGGGUGAAGGAAGUAAACAGUCCCCAGAAUGGCUAGAAAACCAAUGUUUUGUGACAGUGAUCAAUAAAAUGGACCUCAUUGAAGAGCAAAAUAAAGCUGUAAUAGAAAGUGAAUUAGGAAAAACAUGUUCUUUGAUGUCUUUGAAGACAGAAGAAGGAUUUAAGAGGUUUCUUGAAAAAUUAACAAUCCUCUGUAGCUCCUUAUGUGAUGCAGGGACAGCUGAUAAUCCAACACUGACAGCUGCAAGACAUAGGACUCACAUCUCUGCUUGUCUGGAAACUCUUAAACUUGUUCUUGAGCCUGGUGACAAAGAACACAUUUCUGGAAAAAGUGGAGGCACAUCUCUCCAGAUUGAAUAUAGAGAACAUGAAAUAGAACCAGCAAAAGGCCCCAACCUGCUGCAGUCAGAGAACACAGUGGUGCUGGCUGCCCACCUCUUGCAGCAAGCAGCCACCAGCCUGGGUCACGUCACAGGUCACAUCACCUCAGAGGAUGUGUUGGAUCACAUAUUUUCAGCAUUUUGCAUUGGAAAAUAAAAAGGGCAAAGUAUAGCUGGAGCAUACACUAAAGUUGUGGAAGGUCCCUGUGCUCAUCUCCAUUUUGUUGGCCCCUGAGCCUGUUGUGGGCAAGAUGUGUUGCACCAACCAUGCAUGGAGGAAGCCACACUGAUGACACUCCUCCUGUGAGAAAGUAGCCUACUUGACAGUUUGUAGAAGACAGGCAUUGCUCUGCUUUUAGACUGAAGAAACUACUCAAACCAAGAAGGUACCAUGCUGAGAAAAUUCAUCUGUGUUAGCUUACAUGUGAAGAAACAAUAAUUCAGUAAAAGGUUCACAUCUCCCUCCCAUGAUUCAGUUAAUAACAUAUAAAAGGGAAGAUCUCUCUAGUAAAGGAUCAGUGGCCAGUCAUGAUCUUUGGAUACUGCCUGUCUUUAUAAACAAGCCAGAUUUUCACUUACAAUGCCAAGAUAGGCCUGAGAUAAUACUGAUCUAAUAAUAAUUUACCAGAUCAUAAUAAACCAUACACUGUCCCUAA